AAACACGAUGUCAGACCGAUUCAAAGAGUUCGUCGACGUCCCACAGCAGUUCUUGAAGGAAGGACAGCAGUUCAUCAACCGCUGCACAAAACCCGACAAGAAAGAGUAUCUCCAGAUCUCAAGGGCUGUCGCGAUCGGUUUCGUAGUCAUGGGUCUCCUGGGGUACUUCGUAAAACUUAUCCAUAUCCCCAUAAACAACAUCCUUGUCGGCGCGGCGUGAUACCGAAAAGCCUGGCAGGCGCAGGGCAGGUAGUCGUUGUAUUUCCUUAUGCUCCGGAUGUAAUUCAUGGAUGUUUUG